GCGUGAGGCCCACCUCUAGUUGGUGUGCGCGGAGUGGAGUGAAAUAAAUCGAAGUAAAUUGCGUCGAGCGCUGAAAAAUAAUGGAUCGCACUUUCUACGAGGGCUGGCUAAUUAAGUCGCCGCCCACCAAGCGCAUUUGGCGAGCACGCUGGAGGCGUCGCUACUUCACGCUGAAGCAGGGCGAGAUACCGGAGCAGUUCUGCCUCGAAUACUACACCGACCACAACUGCCGCAAGCUGAAGGGCGUUAUCGAUUUGGAUCAGUGCGAGCAGGUGGACUGUGGCCUGCGGCUGGAGAAUCGCAAGCAGAAGUUUCAGUACAUGUUCGAUAUCAAGACGCCCAAGCGCACCUACUACCUGGCUGCCGAAACGGAGGCGGAUAUGCGCGACUGGGUGAACUGCAUCUGCCAGGUGUGUCACCUACACGACACCAAGCAAUCGAAUGAGUUGCCAUUGGGAGCUGUGGGUGCAGACGAAAACCGCACCCAGCACACGAGCUCCAGUGGCGGUCUGAGCAACUCCACUCAGAAUACGACCACCACAUCGUUGCACUCCUCGGCCGGAACCACAGCGCCCCAGGCCUCGGUCCCAAAUGCUGGAGGAUCUGCCCAGCUACGACGACCGGCGGUCAUUGAAGAGCAACCGAUGCCCUCGAAUGCCGGCAACAAUAACUCAGACUCUGUGUAUGUCAACACGGAGUACAGCAAUCGCGAGACGAUGCUCUGCGAUGCCAAUUUUGACCAGCAGGAACUGCUCUCGGCUGCCCAGCAGCAACCGCCUCCAUCGCCGGCCACUGCUCUUUAUCUAAACCACAGUGCUUUGAUCCAGGCUCAGGCGGCAGCUGCAGCCGCCGAGCAACUGCAGCAGCAGCAACAAGCUGCUCGCUUGGCGGUCAGUGCCAACGGAGUAGUGCGCAAGUUGCCGGAGCAUCUGGUGCUCACGCAGCAGACCCUGGCUGAGGCAGCUGCCCAGCAACACAGCAGCGUGCAGGCUUCACCCGCUUUGAGCACCGCCUCCGGACCGUACAUACCCAUCAGCGAGUGCUUCUCGGGCAGCCCGAGAUUCCUGCCCGGCAUUGCAACUCCCGGCGCAGAUUUGGCCAUACCAAACAACCCCACCACGCCGUUGAACAACUUGGACCCCAAGUUCUACGAUACGCCGCGUAGUCAUAAUAACAUAGGUCUAAAUCUGACCAACGAUCAAUCCUACUCACCGAAGAUUACCAAUUUGAGUCUGCAACAAUUGGCCAAUAACAAUGCUAGUAAACAACGCUCCGACUCCGAUUCGGAAAGCGUUUUUACCGACGACGAUGAGUGGGCUCAUCCUUUGCCCCUGCGCGAGAAUGUGGAUCGCAGCACACGACCUUCGGAUAGUUCCAUUGAAAACGAAUCCUUCGUGCUGACCUACUCGCAGCGAUUCUCCAAAAUGCCUGAGGAGGGUGGAGCGGUCGUGCCACCAGCUGAAAAGAGUUCCAAGCUGGCGGGAGCAGCAUCUCUGGCAGAGGCUGGUGACCAAGGAACGCUGGAUAAGCUGGCCAAGGUGCUGAAGAACAAAAAUAAUCUCAUAUUGGACUUUAAGGAGAAUGAAAAAAUUCCUCGCGAUCUGCCGCAGCUGUCGGAUACGGAAAAUACUUCACCGGCCAUUGUGGCCCGCCGGAACGCCCACUCCGCUUUCAUCGAGGAAAGCUACGACAUUCCAAGGUCCCACCAGCAGCCUUACUACAACGUCAACCAGCUGCUGGGCGAGCGACCAGUCACCAGCCCGCACAAUUCCAAUCCCAUUGCAGCAUCCACACCGAAUCUCAUGGCGGCCGAUCUGGGUGCAGUGGCCGCCAAUACAGCGGCAGCGAAUCCCGGCCUGAUGGGUGGGGCACAGGCAGUUGCUUCAUCGCCCACCAGUGCGCGCACAUUGCCUCGACACUGCUACACCAAUGCAGCUCCCACAAAGAUGGAGGGCAAUGUUUUUCGAUACGACUUCAUGGAGCAGGCAGACUGCCCGCCAGUUAACCGAAAACUUAAGCCAAAGGUGGCGGGAGGAUUGCCAGUUGUAGAGGACAAACCGCCGGAGGAGUUCCCGGCAAAGCCCCCGGUGGGCGUAGAUCAGUUAACCAAUAAAUUGGGUGCAGCCCAACUGCAGCAGCCCAUUGGGCCGCCCAGUGUGGACAGAAAGUGCAAACCGAAUGCCUAUAAGUUGGGAAAUCCGGCCACCAUGUCGCCGGCAACAAGACGUUCCUCUGGAGCCCCUCUCUCAAUGGUGCUGCCGCAUGAAACGGAUGUCCACUCCCCGGCAGCCAACGCCUUCUUCCACGAGACCCGCACCCUGCCUCGCCAACAGCAUCGGCAGCAUCCGAACAGUCCCGGCAGCAUGUCGGUACAACAUCAGCGCACGGCCUCGGCAGCGGCUGCCAUGAUGAGCUUGACGGCAGCGGCUGCUCCCAAGCAGCAAGCGGCGGCGCAGACUGAGCACAAGCUGCAGUACUUUGAUCUGGAUGUGACGAACAAACCACCUUUGCUAAAUCGAUCCAGCAUGAGUGUGGGUAAUCUGUACUCACAAGGCGGAAAUGGAGCUAGUGGGAUGCGAUUCGCUGGCGUCGAAGCUGGCGGAGCUCGGGGGCCAGUGCCUAGCAGCGUGGUCUAUAGAUCCGUGGACUUUGUCAAGACGGAGGCAUUUAAGAGGAUUCGAGAGGAGCGCGAGAGCAGCGGCAACAAGUGAAACUGCUGGUACAGCUGAGUGGUAUCAUAUCUCCAGUACAUCUACUUGUCAACGUGCAAUAGCAAAGGACCAUGUUGCUGAUCCGAGAUUUUCGUAGUGCCUAUUGGUGGUCAGCUGAGGAGAGCUGACCCCAUCCAAAAACAGUGCAAAUUCCGAGUGGCUUUUACAUUCGUUAACAUCGUCAAAUUCAUUAUCCAUUAAACCACAUAUCUAGCUUGUAAGACGGCACCAGCAUUUUUGUGUGCUGCUUUGAAUCUGUAAUCUGUAAUCUGUAACCCGUAUCUGAAUCUAUGUCGUAUUUGUAUUUAAAUCGUGCUUCCAACACUUCCAUGUUUAUUGUUAAGCUUCGGAAUCAAAAUGUACCCAUGACAAACGAUCUUAGUGCUAAUUUUACAAUGCAAACAAUUAUUUUAUAUACGCAAGCGAAAUAUUUAUACACACGAAUUUUAUAUGGUAACAAAUUAUUUACAAUUUAUUAAUGUAACUCGUGUGCGACACAAGCUGUAGCUUGAUACUGUGCUUUAAAAAAUAUAUAUACAAUAAUACCAA